ACCUUAAUAUAACAGAGCAUGAAGAAACGGAAUCUGAUGAUAAAAAAGCAGAGCAUGGUGAUGAGGAAAUGACUGAAAACUCUUUAUCUGAAUCGGAAUCUAGUAAUAAGAAUACUACGGAUGAUGAAUCUGAAGAAGUUCUUGAAUGA